CCCGGGGGCGAGGAGGGCGAGUACAUGCUGGCCCUGAAGCAGGAGCUGCGCAGGGCCAUGAGGGGGCUCCCCUACUUCGUCAAACCGGGGGCACCCCGCAGAGACAUCGAGCGCUACUCAGACAAGUACCAGCUCUCCAACCCUGUGGACAGUGCCAUCGACUGGAACCCAGACUGGAGGCGGCUCCCACGGGAGCUGAAGAUCCGGGUGCGGCGGCUGCGGAAAGGCAGGACCGCUCCCCUCGUCCCCAAACAACACGUGGUACUCGACAAGGAGGAGACUAUUAAGAAGCUGGAGAGCCUGGAGAAGAAGGAGGAGGAGGUGACAUCAGAGGAGGAAGAGGAGAAGGAGGAGGAAGAAGAGGGAAAGGAGGAGGAGGAGGAGGAGUACGAUGAGGAGGAGCACGAAGAGGAGACUGACUAUGUCCUGUCCUACUUUGAUAAUGGAGAGAGCUUCGGCCCCGAUAGCGAUGAUAACGGCGACGAGGCAGUGUACUGACCCCGAGAGCGGGUACCCGCGAGAGCCUGCACCCCAAAGGCUGUGGGGAACCCCGAGAGUGGGGACCCUCCUCCAGCAGCGGGGACACCUUGAAAGCGGGGACUCCCCCCCACUUCUGCCACAACAGGGACCCUUUGCCCCUCCCACAGGACAGUGGGGACCCCCUCAUCUCCCCAGGACAGUGGGGACCCCCUCUCGCCCCUCUUUGGGGCAGCGGGAUCUCUCGUCAUCCCCCGCGCGCCGCCACCAGGUGGGGCCGGUGGGCCGGGCCCUCGUGAGGGACGUGGCCAUGCAGGGGGCGGG